UUUUUUUUUUUUACUUGUUAUCAUGUUACGUACCAUUCGACCUUUGACUUGUUUUCAAACCACAGCACAACAUUCUAUUAGACGAACCAUCACCUCUGUAAAACCAUCAGUUAAACCAUUCACUAGUAUUGGACAAAAUAUGCGAUAUCAUUCUAUGUCCUGGUCAGGUCCUGUCAAGAUGGUUGGUAUAGCUGCUGCCGCCACUGGUACUAUGACAGCUAGUAUGUGGACCAAAAAACCUGUUCAAUGUCAAGCUGUUUAUACUCAAGUUUCCGAUAUUACACCUAGAGAUAAGGAUAGGGAUGCUCGUAAGACUCUUUUUCACAAAGGAGAAUUAUCCUUUGGUGUUCUUCUUGGUUUUUGUACUGGUUAUCUGAUCAAAAAAGUAGGUAAAUUCUUUGCUUUGGCUGUUGGUGUAGGUUUUGUAUUUUUACAGUGUCUCUCCUAUAAUGGAUAUAUCACCAUCCAUUGGGAUAAAUUAGAAGGUGGUUAUAAUAAACAAUUGGGUACUGAUGAACAUGGAAAAGUGACUACCAAGGUGAUACGUACCAAAUGGAACAAGUUCACUGGUUUCUUGACUCAUAAUUUACAAUUCAAAUCGACUUUUAUGGUUGGAUUAUACGGUGGUAUCCGAUAUGGAUAGAUAUCAUAGAUUAAUAUGAAAUUAGUUUAUAGACGGAAUCAUAUAUUUAUUUUUUAUCCAAAUAAAUGUCUCAUUAUGAUUGAAGGUGUUGAUUAAUGAAAGAAUCAUUUCAUUCAUUUAUAUGAAUUUUUAGAAUAGGAUGAUUUACAUUUAUUUUAAAGAGAGCUACGAAGAAAAAUAAAGGAAC